AUGAUCGAAGUGAAGGGCGUUCAUACAGGAAAUAGAUUAUGGCUAUUAUUCAGAAUAAACUUGUUCUGUGUUCAACUUAACAGAGCUGUGGAAAAGCUUCUUGCAAAGGCCGGCGAUAUCUUGAAUGUUGCAAAAAGUGACGGAUUUACAACCCUUCAUAUUGCAGCAAUCAAUGACCACCGCGAAAUAGCCAAAAUCCUCCUGAAGCAGCCUGGGUGUGAUGUCAAUGCGCUUACAGUUGAAAAUCAAUCAGCACUUCAUCUGGCCACUAAUGAAGGUUACUCGGACAUGGUCGAAAUCCUUCUCGAUCAUGGAGCAGAUGUAAAUUCUGUCGACAAGGACGGAGAUACAGCAUUGCACAUUGCCCUGGCUAAAGAGUCCUUGGUAGGAACAGAUUUAAUGAGUCAAAUGCCUAGUCUUCAGUUACUGUUACGAGUUCACGGAGACAGUCGUUCCUACGCAACUGUUACACGCUGCUUGUUAAGUUACGGAGCUGAUGUGUUCAAGGUGAAUGGAAGAGGCGAAACCCCACUUCAUAGAUGUCAAGGGUCAGAAGUUGAACAUCUCAUUCGAGAGAUUGCGGCAUCUGGCGGGACUUCACAGAUUAGGAAAGUUCCGAGCUUUGGGGCUACAAACCCAUCCUCAAACAGACAAAUAAUGAAUAGUACUAGGUUAGCCAAAAAGGCAGGAGGGACCCAAAGAGAUGUGGAAAGAAACAAGCCAAGUACAAGUGAAGCUAAUAGCAAGCAAGAGGAUAUAAAUGAGGACAACGGCGACAUCACCGUCCAAGAUCAACCUGUUCAGGCCACAGAGGGGCAGGAAAAUCAGGGGGAGGAAGACGAUCAAGGUGCUGUAAAUGUGGCGAUGGACGAGGACGUUAAUAUCGUGGAAAAUUCUGUCGACGGAGAGCCCUCGUACCAGGAAAAUAUCGUCCUGGAAGUGACUAAUCAAGUGCAAGAAGAACCUUCGGACACAGAAGUACUAAACAAUAGCACCGAUGAAGAUGUCGCAAUGGCUGUGGAUAACGAAGUCGCAGAAAAUGACCACAGCUUAGGUCCAGAUCUGGAAACACAGGCUGAUGGCAACGACGAACAUAUGGAUCAAGCAAAAGAAAUUAUAGAAAGUGAAAAUCUGCUGUCCUGUAAUGAACAA